AUGUCUCAUCACGCAGGUGUCAAGCCCAUCACGGCCGCACUGGAAGACACACAAGACGACGUCAAGAAAGCACCAACAUGCGACGAGGAUAUCGAAACUGCCAGUGAGCAAAUCGGCUACAGUCAAACCAAUGAACAGCAAGAUGCCACUUUGAACGGCGUCUUUGGCGCUGCUGCUGCCGCUGGUGGCGAACAGUUUCGCGUAUUGGGAAAGUGGAAAACGGGCAUCGUGUUGAUUCAUACUGAGGUUGGAAUCGGCAUUCUUGCCUUGCCGUCGGUUCUCCAACGCAUCGGCCUCAUUCCCGGUCUCAUCGCAAUCCUGGGCAUCGGAGCUCUAUCCACAUACACAGCAUAUGUUCUCCUGCUGUACUGGAAGAAGUACCGCCACAUUGACAACCUCCCAGACGCGCUGCAAGUUCUUGGCGGCAAGGUCUUGGCGACUAUUGGUGCCGUCGGUCUCAUCAUCAACCUCAGUCUUGCUUUUGUUAUCGCCUUGGCCGUAGCCUCACCACAACUCGCUCCUCCCGGAGCCGACAUCAAAAUCAAGUUGUGGGGGAACCCAACUUUCCAAGAAGGAUUCACCGCUAUUCUCAGCAUCUGCUACUCCUUCGGUGGCAGGCAAGGCUUCUUCACAGUCAUGGCUGAGAUGAAAGACCCAGCAAAGGAUUACGUCUCCGCCCUGGUUAUUUUGCAGUCCUUUGCCAUCCCCAUCUAUCUCGUCACUGGAGGUGCCAUCUAUGGACUCGCCGGCGACUAUGUCACAUCCCCUGCCAUUGGAACAGCUCCUUUGCUCCCAGCAAAGGUGGCUUACGGCAUUCUCCUCUCGACUCUUUUCUGCACAGGCCUAUUUUACGGUCACGCCGGCAUCAAGUACCUCUUUGUGGUAACCAUGCGCGACCUGCUCAAGAUCCCACACCAAAUGACAACCAACACCGUCAAGUCAUGGAGCAUCUGGGUUCUCCUGGGAACAGGGUUCUGGAUCUUGGUUUUCGUCCUCGCGAACGCUAUUCCAGUCUUCAACUCUAUCAUUGCUGUGUCAUCUGCCUUGCUGGUUGCCUGGUUCUCAUUCGGAUUACCUGGAAUUUUCUGGCUGCAUCUCAAUUGGAAACAACAGUUCUCUAGCAAGCGCAUGAUCGCGCUGUCCUGCUUGAAUUGGGGACUAGUGUUCAUGGGCGCGUUCCUCAACACAGCGGGCCAAUGA